CGUAGACAAGGCGGAUACGCAUCAACAUGCUUGAUGCCUCGGGUCUUUUUCUGUGAACUGUAACAAACAAGUUGUGCUUGGAGCUGCUGAGGGGGGCUGCUGCUAAUCGGUAGGCAAACAGGCAAGCAACAACGUGCCAAGAGUGCAGCAAAUGAGCUUCCUUGGAAAACAUUUCUAUGAUCUUUAGAAUAGCAACUCUCAGAUUUGCCCACUGAACGGCCAAGUCAUGUACCAAGUUGUACCUGGAGGAGCGGGAGGCACAAUUACCGAUGUUAUCCCCAAGCAGAAACACAGCAAGGACACUCAACCCUUAGUUGGAGCUGGAGUAAUCGGCCUGGUGCUGGUAAUUGCAGCAGUGACCGCAUGGUGUUAUUACAUAGCCUCUCUACGCAAAGCUGAGCUGCUUAAGACUCAGCUCCUGGAUCUGAAUAAAGAUGGCUACAUUAUCCGUAACCAGGGAGGGUCUAUUGUUUUCAGAAUGGAUUUCAGGUCAGGUACGCUGGAUUUGGAUUCAUGCUCCAAAGAAGGGGAAAUGCUGAGCUGUGAACGCACCACUGAUAGAAAACUAAACUUCUUCAUUGAGACAGUGCGACCCAAGGACCCGGUACAAUGCUACCGUGUGCGUUGGGAGGAACUGGUUCCUGACAUUCCUGUUGAGCAUGCUAUGACAUACAAGUUUGCACACUGGUAUGGGGGUGCAGUGUCAGCAAUUCAACAUUGGCCAAUUUCUAUUUCUGGCCAACAGGCUCCCAAACCCUUUGUUACAAGUGACAUCUACUCAAACCGCAAUGAAUUUGGUGGAAUUUUGGAGAGUUAUUGGCUUUCAUCCAAUGCCACGGCCAUUAAGAUAAAUAAUUCAGUGCCUUUCCACCUGGGCUGGAAUGACACAGAGAAGACCAUGUCCUUCCAGGCGCGAUACAAUGACAGUCCCUUUAAGCCAAUCCCAGGAGAGGCACCAUGUGCUGAACUUAGCUACAGAAUAUGCGUGGGCUUGGAUGUGACAUCCAUACACAAGUACAUGGUCCGCAGAUACUUCAACAAACCAAACAAAGUGCCUGCCAAAGUCAUGUUUCGCCAUCCUAUAUGGUCGACCUGGGCGCUACAUAAGACUGACAUUGACCAAGAGAAAGUCUUGACGUAUGCUGCCAACAUCCGCAAGUAUAAGUUUAACUGUAGCCUCCUGGAAAUAGAUGAUCGCUACACCAACCGCUACGGAGAAUUUGAGUUUGACCCAACAAAGUUCCCCAAUGCCUCGGCCAUGUUCCAAAAGCUAAAAUCAAAUGGAUUUCUGGUGUCACUCUGGAUUCACCCUUUUGUUAACUAUGACUCAGAAAACUUCCAUACUUGCGUAGAGAGGGGGUUGUUUGUCCGGGAGCCUACAGGCCGGCUGCCGGCCUUGGUGCGCUGGUGGAAUGGUAUUGGCGGCAUUUUGGACUUCACAAAUCCAGAAGCCCGUGAUUGGUUUUCCUCCCAGCUACGUUCACUGCGCUCUAGGUAUGGGGUGUCCUCUUUUAAAUUUGACGCUGGGGAGACCAACUACUUACCAUGGAAAUUUAGUACCAGAACUCCCAUUCGGGACCCGAGUUUUUUCACAAGACGUUACACAGAAAUGGCUAUUCCCUACAAUGAUCGAGCUGAGCUGCGCAGUGGCUACCAGUCCCAGAACAUAUCCUGCUUCUUCAGACCAAUUGACAGAGACUCUGUUUGGGGCUAUGAGUUGGGUCUCAAAUCUCUUAUCCCCACAGUGCUCACCAUCAGCAUUCUCGGCUAUCAGUUCAUUCUACCAGACAUGAUCGGAGGGAAUGCAUAUCUAAACCGCACAGAUGGAAAUAGUGUAUUACCCGAUCGAGAACUCUAUAUCCGCUGGCUGGAGCUGUCGGCCUUCAUGCCCUCCAUGCAGUUUUCUAUUCCGCCAUGGGAAUACGACAACGAGGUGGUUGAAAUUGCUCGGAAAUACACAGCCCUCCAUGAAAGUAUUGUGGCGCCACGGGUCCUGGAGCUGGCUGGGGAGGUGCUGAACACCGGGGACCCAAUCAUACGGCCCCUAUGGUGGAUUGCCACAGGUGAUGAGACAGCCUAUAAAAUCGACUCCCAGUUCUUGAUUGGGGAUGACCUCAUGGUAGCCCCAGUUUUAGAGCCUGGAAAGCAAGAGCGUGACAUCUACCUCCCUGCCGGCCGUUGGAGAAGCUACAAGGGAGAGAGAUUUGAUAUCAAGGAGCCACUGCAUCUCACAGACUAUCCUGUAGACCUGGAUGAAAUUGCUUACUUUGUUUGGGUGUAGCAAGAAGGGAAUCUAAAGCUGAACAGACUUGAUUAGCCUUUGCUGCAAUUUUUUUGUAAGAAAAGCUUCACAAAUUUAGCUUCUAUGCUUGAUUUUUAUGCUUAUAUAAAAAGGUUGUUUGUUAUGGAAAAGCUUUUGUGCAAUGAAAUACGAAUACUUUUUAAAUUACAACACUACGUUGCAUCGCAGAUGUAAAACUGUUUCACUCAAACAUGCUCCAAACCUCAUCUUAAUUUUUUUAUUUCAUUUUAAUGAAUGUAUGCAUAAUCUUUUUGUUGUUGUUGCAUUUUUUGUGUUGUAUUGCAAAGAUAGCUAGGUAGUCAGAACAUUAAUAUAGCAGUAAACAACUAUUUGCGAUGUAGAGAUAUAGUGGAGUAAUGCCGUCCUGAGCAGAGAAUGAAGUCACACUCCCUCUGUGUGUGUUGUGAUCUGAGCAUCUCUGUUCUUUGUUUUGAUAGCCGGUCCGGCUGCCUGUUAAGUUUAUGUGAGUGCCUUUUGCGUCGGUAUCAGACGCCGAUGGCCGUGACAAAGCAUCAGUUUUUGACGAGGUGGGAAACGGUCUGUGAGAGCUGUGUGGAGGCAAUCCCAGUUCACUUUUUCAGUAUUUUGAGUACAGCACCUAUUGUCACUACCCAAUGUGAGUCGAGUGCAGAUGUGAGUUGCGCAUGCUCAGAUUUAAACGGUUUAUGGCAUAACGCCAAGGGAUCCGGAUCCGGCAAACGUUGUAGUUAUCUAUGAUUGUUUGAUUGCUAACGUUAGCUCAAAACGCCAUUCAAGCGAAAGCCUUUGUUUUAUUUGAUUGCUAACUUGUAGCCAACAGUGAACAACUUCGU